AUGCGUCAGAUUCUCUACGAUGCAUUCCUGCCAAUUGGCUACCCGGACUCGGUGACUCCUGAUUACAUUGGCUACCAAACCUUCGAUUCCCUACAGGCCUUCUUCUCUACAAUCACCGGCCUUCUUGCCAACCGGGCCAUUCUCCAAGGCCUCGGAGUCGGCGACGCGUCCUCUUCCGCGACAUACGCCCUACUCCUUACAAUCCUCAAGGAUGGAAUUUCACGCGUCGCCACAAUUGUGUUCGCCUACCGCUUCGGCCUGGUCAUUGAGCCAGAGUGCAAGAGAUACCGCUACCUCGCUGAUAUUUUCAACGAUAGCGCCUUCUUCCUCGACCUCUUCAGCCCCUACUUUGACCCAUGGACCAAAGUCCUCGCCCUCGUUCUCGCAGAAGCUCUCCGUGCCAUGUGUGGCGUUGCUGCCGGCGCCAGCAAGGCCGCUCUUUCCAAGCACUUUGCUCGUCGCAAUAACCUCAGCGAGCUCAACGCGAAGGAGGCAUCACAGGAGACUGCUGUUGGUCUCGUCGGCCUUCUCGUGGGCUCCAUCGUUGUGCGCUACGUCGAGAGUAGAGAGGCCGUUUUUGCGCUCAUGGUAGUGCUCGUCUUUGUUCAUCUCGGCAUGAAUUACCUCGGUGUCCGCUGCGUCCAGCUCAACGUCCUCAACCAGCAACGUGCCACGAUCCUGUUCAAGCACUACAUGCAGACGAAGCAGGUUCUCUCCCCCGCCCAGGUCGCCUCACGCGAGAGUAUCGUCUUCUGGACUCCCGUUAUCAAGGAUCAUUGCGGGGAGGUCAUCACCAAGAUUAGCUUUGCCAAGAGCUAUGCCCACGCCAUGACUGCGGACCUCAAGAGCGCUCGCGUCCGCUUUGUCACGCCCGAGCAGCAGUCUACCGAGAAGGGAGGUCAAAAGGCUCAUCCAGGUUUCAUUCUUUGCCUUUGCGAGAGAGGAGACAUCGCUACGAUCAGAAUCCUACUCUUAGGGGACCGGUCCCCCACGGAGGCGAACGACAUCAACACGCUCAUGGCGUGGUACUAUGCCACCGUGCUCGCCCACGACAGAGCCCUGGCUUCGAAGACUGGUAGUCAGAAGCUGCUCCACGGCGCUAUCCCCGUGGACGAGAUUGAGAUCGGCGAAAGCACCGAGAAGAAGUUGGACUUCAAGGCGCUUGAGGAGGCGGGCUGGGAUGUCAACGAGACCAACCUAGACGCCUUUGCUCCGCGUAUCACCAUUGGCUUCGAAGACAAGAAGGAGCUGUAG